GAUUGUCUUAGUCAGAGAUUUUCAUUUAAUGGAAAGCAAUCAAUGAAGUAAUCGACAAGACCAAAAAAUAAUCUCCGUAAGUAGUAUUUUGAUUGAUUUACCUCCUUAUUUCUUUUGUGACCCACCAUCUCGAUCUUAAAAAUACAACUCAGCCCUUCGGACGCACAACUGCUCUUUGAAGGUCAACUAAAGAUCGCCGAAAAAUUACAAAAAAGAUUGCUGAAAUAUUUGAAUUUCGCCGAGGGGAAAACUGGUUCGUUUUAGUUUUGUUGCUUGUAUGAUCAUCAGAGCGGCUGAAUUUUCUGCGAUUGAAAUUUUUUCUUUACCGGAAACCAACAGAGCUUUCAUGUUACAACUACCUAGCUUGGAUGGCUGUUGUGAGAUUUGACAACCUAUCUGAGAACGCGUAUCUCUGGAAGCACCUGACUGUGCAAAGUUUGGCAAAUGUCAUCAACUUUUGAUUGAUCCCAAUUUUUAUGGAUGUGAAAAUCAUUGCUGUUUGUCACCAGGUACGGUUUUGGCAAAAUAUUUUUCAUUUGAAGGUUUAAGCUUAGUGCAUUUAAUUAAUGAUAACAAAGCGAAUGGUGCAUGCCCUGACCCUUUUAGAACAUGACACUUGCGUAACAAUUUGAACGAAUUUCUGAAAUCCAUCUAGAUGGCCUCUCGGCCAUUUUUUUGGCCUUGCAUCUACAGCUUUCCUUAGAUAAUUGAGAUAUGCUACCAAGUUUGGUCUUUUUUUUUUUUUGCAACAUCAUGCAACGUCAUAAAUUUAAUCAUAGCAUGGUGUCGUCUUAGAAAGCGUUUGUGAUCAUACUACGUUAACGUGAACGUAUAGUUUCAACGUCAACUGUUUCGACGCGUGGUUUCUAUUUUUAUCUAAAAAAAAAAUGAAAUAAAAAGUGGCAAAGAUCACGGCAAAGGUCAGAACAGGAUCAUUGUCAACAGAAACAACACGAAUCUACGAAAUCGUUUGUGAGGGAAAAAAAAAGGAUAACAGUUUUGUGAAAUUAUGGCCGAUAACCUCUGUGGGUCAACUUCAAAGGAAUGUGCAACUUGUCAUACGAAAGAUUUACUGGUAAGAGAGACUAUGGCAUUUUCUCCAGUUAUAUUCGAUACAACCGGUAUUAGGUAAAUUUCUUUAUAAAACUAACCUAAAUUGUAUGAUGAAUUAGAUGUCAAAGCAACUGAUGAUUCUGCUAAAAUUGGUACGUAAACUCUUGUUCAAACUCACAGUAUAAGGAUUAAGUUGAUCUCUUUCCGGAAUGACUAAAAUAGUUUGUCUCCCGCGCAAAAUUAUCCACAGGAACUUUUCAACUUGAUGAUACUUUUAUUUUUGAUCUUAUCACAGUUUUACAUAGUUUUCCUUGGCCUGGUCUUUACAAAGCCUUUUGCUUUUCUUCAGUCAAGCGAGGAACGAACGUUCGAUAAAAUUUCCCCUUACGUAGCUAUGAUUUCGCUCGUGUGUUUGACGAUGAACUACAAUAGAAUGGAAGACUUUUUUGAACAGACUAUAACUGGGAAGAAUAAAUCGUUAUGUUAAUGAUGCAAUUUUUAUAAAGUUAAAUUUAUGGUGAUCUUUCGGUGCUUACCCGAUGGCUUAUUCUGCCAUGAACACAAACUAUUAAUAGAGUCGAUUCGUUGUCUAUUUUGCUUUCUACUUUUCAAUCGUGAUUCACGAGGAAAGACACAGUCAGUCUCAGUUACUGAAGCCGUAGUUCUAUUUUUGUCACGGAAGCAAAUAACAUGUGUGGGAAAUCGCAUCAAACAGAGUGCAUUUGUGAAUCAUUGGCACAAGUAAUGUUUUGGUGCACAAGUGCGCUAGCCGUAAGCGAGUGCGCAACUCAUAGCGCAUAACAGGUGACCAUUUAUGGAUAAAUGCACAGGCAAUCGAUGUGUACUUUUUUUGUUUAUUAUUUUACCUUAUUAUGACAUAAUGAAUUACCAAGCCUAUUUUGUACGUCCGCGGGGCGCAUUACUCGAGCGACUUUCAACAAUUAUUUGAAAACGCCUUUAUAACAUCUUUGAAGUGAUUAUCCGUUUGUAUAAUAAUUGAGACAUACAAACCAAUCAUAUUUUUUUGAAAUAUUUUAGAAAUCAGCGUUCCUAAUCUAACUUAAAAAAACUUGGAUUUAUAAAGAGUACAAUGCGGAAAUAGGUGCAUUAUUGCCACAUCAGAAAGGUGAUCUUUUUUAAUAAUUUAAAAAACCUUUAUGGUCUGCACACUUUACUAGAAGAUAUUAGCACCUCGACCUUUUUUAAUUAAUGGCUUCUUCUUCUUUGAUGUCUCAGAUAAUCUCCUGUGAGGCGCAGCAACACGCUUUCUGUUUGUCUUGCCUCACAACAUUCGUUGAGUCACGCACAUCCACAGGAAAACCGCCAACUGGGUUGGCAAUGCGCCUUGGCUGUCCUUUGGGGUUUAAAUGUGGAUCACAACUUGAACCUUACCUACUGCAGGAUAUCAUUGACGAAAUUGCUGCGACAUCAAAGGAGAAAACCUCAAGAGGUCCUUCCUGCGAUGGACAGACUUCUUCCAGGUCUUGUCCGAAUGAUCGAUGCUCCUUUAAUUUUCGGCCCGAUGACGGCGAUUUUGAAACUCUUUAUCCGUGGUGCCCAGAAUGCUGCGCCUUUUAUUGCUGUACUUGUCAAAGACGACUUGGAGAUGAAGGAUACACCGACCAUAUUUGUCCAGCCGAAGGUCAGAUCACUGACAUAACUAAUGAUGCCGUAGCAAGCCAAACAUUGUGCAGAGUAGUUUGCGAGGCUAUGUUUGUACGAUGUCCCAGCAACUCUUGCCAGUCGACUGACCGAGCGGAAGACCUGAUAGUGAAGAGGAAUGAGGAUUGUAACGCUAUAAGAUGUUGGACAUGUCAAAGAUUCUUCUGCUUCAUUUGCACGAAAGACCUGGGGAUGAACAGAGAAGAUGCACUUAAGGCAUUUCCACACAGGUAAGAAAUGUUCCGGCCGCAUACAUUAUAACCUUUUGAAAGUAAUCCGCGAUUGCAAUGGUUUUGAUUCAGUUGGGCGGGUCACUUCUAUUCUACUGAUCUGAGAUCUCAAUCGGGUUAGUUUAAUAUUUACCCCGUAUUUAUCUAAUUAUAAUUUAAAUUAAGUUCCUUUAACUAGCUGUUUUAAUUUUAUCUGUUUGAUUGGGAGAGAGCAUGGGAGGAAAAAUAGCUUAGCCCCACCUGCUUAUCUUAAAAUGAAUGAUAAAAUUACUCGCAGUUUUUAUUACUAUCAAUACCUCCCAGUAAAGUAUGAAACCGAUUUAAAAAAACAAGUGUGCUGAAACUUUUCGCAAUUUCCGGGAAAAUGCUGGAUUCCCCUUGGAACUCUUUUAAAAGAGUUGGUUUCAUUGAUCUAUAUCUUUACCUAUUUCUAUUUACACAGGAAUGCUAGCGAAGCUAACGCUCCUUGCUGCUGGCUCUUCGACGAUGGAUUGAGCGGAAAUACUAAAACAAGAGCGUUACUGAUACGGCAGAUGAAUGCAGCAGCCGAUUAUCUUCGUUCUCUCCAAAUGAGCAACGAAAAGAAAUUGAUUUUGCUGAAUAGUAAUAGGGAAGUACUGGGGGACGUAUUCACGCAUUUGAUCAAGAAAUAUGGACCCAAAAGAGACCAAGAGAAGUGUGUCAUAUUGUAGAGUUUUUAAAAAGUGUGUUAUACGCGCACUAAGAUUUUGAAGCGCUUAAUUGAGAACAGAGCUAGUGAUAAAUGUAUUAUAAUGCGAAAAAGGACUGCUCUUUAAGUAAUGUAAUUACAUAUUAUACGUACUUCUUAAUCUGUUCUAGAAAGGUUGAUUGAAAAGUCACAUUUAGCUUUUUAUUAUCAAUAUUUGAACGGAAUCAUAAUUCUACAUUAGAAUAAGAAAGCUUUCAUCUGGACAGGGCCCCUUCAAAAGGCUUUUUCAAAGAUGCCCAAGCUCUUAUUAUUGCAAGGCCUUGGAUUCGAAAUUUAUUAGUUUUUCGUGACAUAUAAAGCUCAUUUUUCAAGAAAGGUUUAGCUGUUAGCCUAAUUUUAAAAUUAACGCUUUCGGAACUCGGAAAUGGCCUAGUGGACGGUGACUCAAAAAAUAAAUAAUUGUGACAGUGCUUGAUUUUUCAGAAUACAUAUUUCGAAAAAAUACAAAAUCCUACUUGUAAAUCUCGGUAUAAAUUCAGCUACAUUUUCCUUGUAUAUAAAAUCAUGGAGAAUUUUAAUCACAGUUAUAUGUGAAUAACCCAGAUUAUUGUUAUGAACCGUGACUUCGUGUAGAUCGCGAUGAAUGUCACACUUCAUGAUUUCUUUUCCAGAGAAAAUAUAUUUACUAUUUGAAUCGGUUCAGAAAAGAGGAAGGUUGUAAUUUCCAAG